AUGGACGACCUCCCGACCACGCGGUCGUUCACCCCGCUCGCCACGAUUCCUCUGGCACACCCACAUGUGCUCCACCCAGACGCGUGCAACCCCACCAUGGACCUCGUUGUCCUCAUCCUCGAGGACGCAGGUGACGCCGUGGGCGGCGGUGGUUCCGCGGCGGCCUUUGGCAGCAAGGGCAAGGGCAAGGCAGGGCCUGGUGUGCGUACCAAGGUCGCACUUUGGCGCAUGUCGGGGAGUAAAGUGUGGGAGGUGGACGUGGCGGGUCGCGUUCUCGGUCUCGCCUGGAGCCGCGAUGGCAGUUUCCUCUCCCUCUUGUUACUCAAACUCGACCCAUGGCCCGAGACAGACGCUUCCAGCUCCGUGAACAAGAGCUCCAUCGAGCACCUCAAUGUCCACACUGGCGACAUCGUAAAGAUUGUGCCCGUGCCCCGGUCGCUGAUCAUGGGACUCGAGGCGGUGGACUGGAUGGCUGCAGAGCGGUCACGGCGCGCUCAAUGGUGGCCGAUGGCAUGGGAAGCUGGCGGAGACGCUUGGGAUAAGCCGAACCCAGGGUCGUCUCUUAUGGUCAUCGACUCGCUUCCUCGCGUGACGCCUGUCGAACCUCCAAAACCCGCAGUGAUAAACCCAUUUGCUGUGGUAGCUCCUACUGCCAAGGCCAAGCCAGGAAACCACCCAAAGCUGACCACCUUCCCGGCUCUUCUCCCGGCAACACCAGCAGUGGCACCAGACGUUCUCGUCCUCUCACCACCAGCUCGAGACGGCCAAGUGAAGGGUGCAGACCUGCGUCUUCUGACAGGCACGUUUCCUCUUGUCCAGGGAACACCACGCACACCGUCCUCUACCACGCUGGGCCUGGCUCAGCGCGCGGACCGUAUCGAGCGCCUCGUCGACGUCAUUUUCCGCGGCCUGACAGCUGCCGAGACGGCGUUCAAGGAAAGCGAGAAGCAGAGCAUGAUAUGGAGGGAAGAGCUUGAGCAGUGUGGAGAGCAGCAAGGCAUGACCAUUGCGGACGUGCAUGCGGACUUGUUCCGCUUUCUCAUGACGAGCCGGAGCGGACCAGCCGUUGGCGAGUGGCUCGGCAAUCGCAUGGCGAACCGUACCAUUGCCAAGUGGGAAGCAACACUGGACACUGCAUUCGCGACCCUGCAGAAAGUUGUCUCGCAGAGCAUCUCGCCUGCACUCGAGCGGAUCAUCCUCAUUCUCGACGAGCUGCGCGGGUGGUCAGGUGACCUGGUUGACUGCGAUCUCGUUCUCGACCGCGAUGGCCUCAACCGCGCCAUCGAGGUUGCCCGUGGCAUGGCCGUGCUUGUUGAGACGAUGAGGCAGGACGCAGAGACCGAGCAAGCUGCGGCCGACGAGUGGUGCAGGUGGCUCCGAUACGAGCUGACACGCAUAAACGCUGCGUCGGAUGAGACACUGCCUGUUGCCAUGUUUGACCUCAAGCUCGUGUGGUCAUUCAUGAAGAAUGGCUUCGUGUGCUCCAAGCUUCGCCAAAACCUGCCCAACGUCCCCGAGGCCAAGGACGACGUUUUGCCCGCCUCUGUUCCCGCCAAACGUGUGUCGCCUGAUACCAACCUUGACAGCGUCAUGCGCGCCACCUUGACCCGCCUGACCGCACCACCGGCACCAGAGCUCCUCGCUUCACCACCCGUCUUCGCGGACCAGUCCUACUCGCCCCAUGCAUCACCUCUACGUGCUGGAUCCGUCGAGCCCAUGUCCUCGCCCGACACCAUGGGCUCGCCCGACAACGGAUUCCGUCCCGAGCCGCCUGUCGAACGCGUACCCCAGCUCGAACCGUGGUCGUGGGCCAACUCGCUCUCGGCCAUCUGCCAGAACGUCAUCCUGUCAGCACACCCGCGUGACGCUGCCCCGCCGACUCGCCCGGACGACUUUGUGGCCAUGAUUCCCGGCUCGUUCCUGUCCGAGCGUAGCAUCAACGGUGACAGGUGGAUCGUGUCCAUGCAGUCUAGUGAAGGAUUGAACCUCUUUGUUGCCGACGACCACUCCCUUCGUGGUGCGCGCCUCGUUGUUCCCGACGCCGAGAUUGUCCAGGCAGCCUUCUUCGACGACGAAGAGCUCGCUGUCGUCUUCCAGCUUGCCGGCGAGCGGUUCAUGGCCACUGCCACCAUAUCUGCUCUCGAGGACACACUCAUGGUGUCGGUCUCGCGCGCGGGCCUCGAUCUCGCUGCCGUUGCCGCCGCGCUGCCGCCGUCCACACUCCCCAUUGCUCGCUGUCGCGCCUUGGGCCCCACUCGCCAUGCGCCAGCCACUGAACCGUGGCUCUUGUCCCUCAACGGCCGCGCGGGCAGGCGUACAGCGUGCAUCCUCACCCGGGGCGGAGCCGAGGUCGAGGUGCUGGACAUGGAUGGGAACGAGGAUGACGAGGAGGAAGAGGACGAAGAGGAGGGCGAGGAGGAAGGUGACGAUGUGGAUAUGGAGUAG